UAAAUAAAUAAACAACAAAACAAAUUACGUCUGUAAUGUCGGACGACUCUGCUCCAUCAGUUUUUCCUUUAUCAAAUUCUUCUGAAGACGAAUUGUUGGAUAAGAACGAAAUAGCCGACAAAUGUCCACUGUGUCGCAGUGCUAAAAAAUAUUUCUUUUGCUCCGACUGUAUCAGAAAUGGAGAUUUUUAUUCGUCUCGCUCUGUGCAGAGAGAAAGCUCACAAAGGUUUGUUGAAAAGAAAAUGGCUUUACUCAAGGUUAAAGGGGAAAUUCAAGAGCUUCUGAGUCUUUCUCAAACAGCUUUGGCGAAGAAAAAUAGAAUUGAGGCAAUGCAACACAACUUAAGGAAAACUAAAGAAAGGAUCCAGCUACUCAAAAAAUGGAAAGAGGAAGUUCAGAAGUCUUUAGAAUCCAGUCAACCGAUUUUGAAUGAACUAAGAGCAAGAAAACUGGAUACUCAGAAAAUGAUCUCUUUGAAUUGUGCGGCUCAAGAGUUGCCACAAAAUCCAACACGCAGCCUAACCAGAAUCAGACAAGAGCUUGAGGUUGAUAAAACUCUGCUCAAAGAAAUCAUUCAGGAAAAUGUGAAGCUGUUGCUGAAGACCAUAUUUCCCAUCACUUGUGAAGGCCUGAAUGUGACUGGGGAGGAAGACAGUGAGAGCCUAGCGACUGUGAAAAACGAAUUGGACGAUGCUAGUCAUGUAACCUACGUCCGUGGCCAGUGGAUUUAUGCAGACACGGGACACAACGGCCGUUACAAGAUCGCUGGCGCCGAUUUGCCCGGAACUGGAGACAUGACCGCCUACUUGCUAUGCGUUGAGCAAGUCAAUAAGGGCGAUAACGAAGAGACACUGCGCCAUUUCAAAGUGGCAUUGUCGCACGUCACUCAACUUUGCAACCUCCUGGCCUUUUACUUCGGCGUCCGUUUGCCUAAGAAAGUUGCCCAUUCGGAUUUCAUCAGCAGCGAUUUGGAUGCCAAAGUUUUCGCUGGACGAAUCGCUCGACUCCAUGCCAACGUUCUUUACCUCUGCACGUCGCAAGGAGUGGCUCCUAUUCACCUACGACAUGCAAAUCCACUCGCUCGACUCUCCACCCUCCUGGAUCCCAACAUUUGCGACCUGGGAAGAUCCGGUCCGUUUGAGUUCCACCCCGAACUGUGGGGGUUCGAAGAGGCCGGGGAUGAAGAGGGUUGCCUGAUUUCAAUCUCUUCUUCCGACGGUGAAGACGAUAAUGACAUCAACGCAGAUUGGGAAUCAGUGAGCCACCUUUCCACAGCUGAAACCACGGACGACGGCAACAAGCAGCGAACCAGUCCGAUUCCUCCAUUAUCCGCAAGAGGCAUCGAUAAUCCAGUAACCAACAGUGUCGUUAGCGUCGUCAGUGGAGUCGCCUCCUUUUGGAAAGCUUUUCCGUGGUCUAAAUGACCAAAAAACAUUUCCAUCUUACUGCCUCCACAUAAUUUGACUUGCCCCUUUUACCCGUCCUUUUUUACUUUUUUUUUCAAUCUGUAUUUUUUAAAUGAUGAUUUUUGGGUGGUGUUUCUUCCAAGAAAAAAUAAAAUAAAAUCUGUAAAUUGCCAA